CACAAAGUCACCAACUCACCACUCUUGGCUACAUUAGAAUCUCAAUCUACUAAUCUAGCAAUUGAGUCGUCGACAUUUCAUUCCUCUUUCACAGUUUAACGCAAUCGGACUCCACCUCCAGUCCUCCACCUUUCUAAACCCUCUCUUUUUCUCUGUCAUCCGUUGAAGCUUACUCUGAAUCCUCCAUUGAUGUACCUUCUCAGCUUUCUCUCCUCCAUUCAACCACCUUCUCAGAGUUGAAUUAUUGAAAGACGCCAUUUUUUUGGUUGAGCUCAAGAUGUGGCGCUACUUACCAAAAGCUUUGCUCAGCUACAGACGACUCAAUUUAUGUCAAAAUGUGUUUGAUCAUGGUAAUGGGUCUUAUUUUAUGGCCUGUAACGGUGCUUCUCGAGGUUUGAUCGAUAAUUUUAGUCGGGGUUCUGUCUUUGAUACAUACUCAACAUCUUGCACUAAGAUGGUUGAAGAUGAUACAAAAGGAAGCUCAGUUUCUGACAUGUUGGUUGAUUCGUUUGGGAGGUUGCAUACGUAUUUGAGAAUUUCUGUGUCUGAACGUUGCAACCUUAGAUGUCAGUAUUGCAUGCCAGCUGAUGGGGUGGAGCUCACUCCUGGCCCUGAACUACUCUCGAAAGAUGAGAUAGUGCGACUGGCAAGUCUAUUUGUCAAUUGUGGAGUGAAUAAGAUACGUUUGACCGGAGGGGAGCCUACAAUUAGGAAAGAUAUUGAGGAUAUUUGCUUGCAACUGUCUGAAUUGAAGGGAUUGAAAACACUGGCCAUUACAACGAAUGGACUUACGCUUGCGAGAAAACUGCCAAAGCUCAAAAUGUGUGGCCUUAAUGCAGUGAAUAUUAGCUUAGAUACAUUAGUGCCUGCAAAAUUUGAAUUCAUGACCCGGAGAAGAGGGCAUGAAAAGGUUAUUGAGGCAAUCAAUACAGCUGUAGACCUUGGUUAUGAUCCAGUUAAGGUGAACUGUGUUGUCAUGCGUGGGUUUAAUGACGAUGAGAUAUGUGAUUUUGUUGAAUUAACACGUGAGAAGCCUAUUAAUAUUAGAUUCAUCGAGUUCAUGCCAUUUGAUGGAAAUGUUUGGAAUGUCAAGAAACUUGUGUCUUAUUAUGAGAUGAUGGAUAGAGUGGUCAAUAAAUUUUCUGACUUGAAAAGACUAAAUGAUGAUCCAACAGACACGGCAAAGAAUUUUCGGGUUGAGGGACAUCGUGGAACUGUUUCCUUCAUCACAUCAAUGACUGAGCAUUUUUGUGCUGGCUGCAAUCGAUUGCGACUUUUAGCUGAUGGGAACCUGAAAGUGUGCCUCUUUGGGUCUGCAGAGGUGAGCUUAAGAGAUCCCAUCCGCAGUGGUGCUGAUGACAAUGAGCUCAUGGAAGUAAUUGGAAGAGCGGUGAAAAGGAAGAAAGCUGCUCAUGCAGGAAUGUUUGACCUUGCAAAUACGGCUAAUAGACCGAUGAUACGUAUUGGUGGCUAAGGCUUGGUGGUGAAUCUUCAUUCAGAACCCUCAGAAUCAGCAGGAUCAUGGCACCAGGCUGGAGACUGGAACAUCAAGCAUUUGAUUCACAUAUCUGAAAUGUGAAAAGCAUCAAUGUCGCAAGACCUUGUAUGUUGAAGUUGAUACCUUGUAUGUUGUAUACACUGUACCUUAACAUAACAUAGCAUCAGACUCGCGGGUUCAUAAGAACGAGUUUGGACUUGUAAUUACUAACAACACAAUUCUCAGUAUCAAAUAAUAAAUUUGUUGUAUCCCCUGUAUUUCACUUUCUUUUUUUCUGCAAAUAUGUACAUAUGAAAUUUCGUCAAUCUUA